UUUUAUAUGGAGAUCAAACUAAGAGGUUGGAAGCGUUUGAGGCGGUUUUGGUUCCGAGCUUCUUCGCCGAAUCUCUAAUCUUCAAUUCUAAGCGAAAUUCGAUCGCUCCUCCUCCUCCUUUUUACUGUGUUGGGAAGGGUUUUUUUUUUUUUUUUUUUGGCCAUCGAUCGAAGCAUGAGCUCGAUCCUCGCGAGCUAUCGAUCGCGUGCCGUGGCGUCGGAGGAGAAUUAGGGUUCCGGCGAUGGGCUCUACUUCGGAGAAGAAGAGCGACCGCGAGGCGUGGCAGGAGAGGGGAAAGGUGUCUAAGGCUUGGGGCGUCCUUCUCUUUGGCCUAAUCGGCGCCACCGCCACAACCUUCGCGGUUACUCAAUUGCGAAGGAGUGCUGAUUGGAUCUCUACUCAGUUUAACAGGAUGCAGUCAAGCUCAUCAUGGAAGAAGACAACCAGCAACUCAAGUCGUGGAAGUUUCAGUGAGGAGGCUUGGAAAAGAUAUAACCGUCGAAUGCAAGAAGAGUAUGAGGAAGAGAUGGAGAGAGUGCAACGAAUAAGACGCAUGCAAAGCGUAUUCAAUAGAGAGAGAAAUAAAUUUAAGAGGGGCUACGAAAGUUGGAGGGAAAAUGACCCCGGUGGUUAUCAGUAUAUUCCAAGGGAUGAUUGGUACUGGAAAACAGAUACGUCCUUCAGACAUCAAAGAACUGAGUACACAUCUGCUCCGAAGAACAGCAGGACUUAUCCUAUGUCCCAUCAUUAUGCAGUCUUGGGUCUUGACAGGUCAAGAGCAUCACCAUACUCUGAUGCUGAAAUAAAGACUGCUUUCAGGGCAAAAGCAAUGGAGUGCCACCCUGAUCAAAACCAAGAUAAUAAAGAAGCUGCAGAGGAAAAGUUCAAAGAAGUGGUGAAGUCAUAUGAGGCAAUAAAGUUGGAGAGGAAGAAUGGUACAUGUUGAUUCUUUAUACUUAGCACCAAUUAUUGUGUCUUUGGUAGUUAGCAUCUCACCAAUGUGUUUAUAGAAAAUAACGGCGGCGGCUUAAUGCCAGAAUCUGUGAACAUAGAAGAGAAUUUGCUGGUUGUGAUAUAGCCACAGUUUUAUAUGCUAAUCUGCAGUUGAGUUCAUCUGCAGAAUGAAAUACCAUUUUCUCUGCUGCGGCAUGCUUUUAUAUAUCUGCUUUAAAUGUAAAGAAAAGAUGAAAAUAGAAAAGGAACAGAAAUUUGGUGUAAUUUGAAGUGCGUUUUGAUAUUAUUUGUGGACAAGGAGGAGAUUUUGGCAACAAAAUAAGAGAGAAAAGGCUCGAAUUC